AUUGUGCAGGGAUAGCGCGAACACGUCAGCCACUAAGAUUCACAAUCCGGUCCAAGAGGCGGCCUCGAGGCGGCUACAUGCGUCCAUGAGUAGCGUCCGCACAGCACCGGGUUGAAACGGUGCGAGCUUGAAAGGUAACACCCAGUGAAAGCUGCAGGAACCGCAGAGCGGUUAGCCUCGUUAAGCUAAAAGGGUUGGGAUGAAGCUCGCGGAUGGGUGACCAGGCCCGCCUGGGCUACCGCACCGAUUAGGGAUGACUCUUUUGCCUUCGCUAAUACUUCGACAGCGAAGCAGUUUCGCACUCCAAUAUUCCUUCUCUUUCCUCUUGUGUUUCGUUCCUACUGUCAAUGCAUUCGCGGGCGAAUUGAAGACAUGGCGGUGAAAACACAAGAGAAGCCCCACAAGGCUGUAGACGAUGGCGACGUCGCGAAUUGCGUGCAUAAUUUGAUUGAAGCAUUCACAAACGGUCUCAACAUCUUCAAGCGCUUGCGUGACAGAAGGCGAAAACACAAGGCGCGCAAACAUAACGAAACACUUGAGCCCAUAAACAGCGCCGAGUUGCAGCUGUCCAAUUCGUUGCGCAGGGGCCCACAAGAUCUAGAGGAAAAGUAUGAAGAGUGCUACAGCCAGAGUGGCAUGGGGCGCAGGUUUGCAACAGGUGACUCAAUCGCUCAUGCGUCUCUUGCCGAGAUCUUGAUGAGGCUCAAUACAGGCCUCGUAAGCAUCAUCACCACCUUCCUGCAUCAUGACCAAGGCACCCAUGGCCAGAUGAAGAUGAACUACAAAUCUUUGACAGAUCUGUCCGAAGCGUCAAGGCGAGAUGCGCUGACAAGCAUGAAUCAACUGUACCAGCGCUUGAGCCAAUCGCAACUGCAAAUCCACCCUGCGCUUAGAACCCAGGCACCACAGUACAGCGAACUGUCAGGCAACAGUUCCGACUCGAGUAAAGACAACAGGAAGUCCACAGCUUCGCGCCGCCGCCCCAGUGGCUCGCACGUGACGCGUAUGCCAACCAAGAGCGGAAGCCAGCCCCAACUCUGCAUGGUGCGAUCCAAGUCAAGAAACACAGCAAGAAAAGAGUCCAUCCCGAGUAGCUCCAGCGCCUCGAAACCCGGUUCGAAGUCGGCCUCGCCCUACGCGUCUCCCUACGCGUCGCCCCUGCAGUCGCCAGUCCCUGAAUACGCUGUGCUAGACCCAAUGAUCUUCAGCAGACUAGACUACAAGAGCGCCCACGCGCCACCCCCAGACCGGAAACGCAUCGACUCGCUCGAACCCGUGCACCCCGUCGCCUGGCCCGCGUACGCCCAGCCCUCCGACUACUUCUCCGUAACGCCGGGGCACCGCCCCUCGCCCGCCCCCAGGCUCUCCACCGCUCCUGCCAAGCUGCCCACCGCGGCCCCGAAGCCCUCCUCCGCGACCCCGAAGCCCUCCUCCGCGACCCCGAAGCCCUCCUCCGCGACUCCCAAGCCCUCCUCCGCAACCCCGAAGCCCUCAACCUCAAAUCCAAAGCCAUCCACCUCAACCCCGAAACCCGCCACCGCAACACCCGCGCGGAAACCCGUCCCCUCCACCUCCACCUCCUCAUCGACCAAGAAACCCCCGCCCAUCCCCCUAAAACCCUCUUCCCUGAGCAACACCACGAAACCCAGCGCCACGCCCGCGCCCCCGACCCCGGCGCCCCUCAAACGGCGCCUCGACAAACCCACGCCCAGCUCGUACACGUUCGCCAGCGACUCGACGAAGCUGGGCGAGAUACCGGAGACGCGGUGGGCGCGGCCGUGGGACUACGAGAGGGCGGAGAUGCUGAAUAAUCUUGCGGCGGCGGCGGCAAGGGUUAGGGCGCCUGAGGGGCGGGAUAGGGAGCGGGAGCGGGAGCGCGAAAGGGAGAGGGAGAGUCUGAAGGCGGAGAAGACGGGGGAGAAGGAGAAGGGGGGUAAGGGGUUGUGGUUUUGGAAGCGCGCGGAGACUGCGUAGCGUCUCUUGUUGUUUUGUGUGCGGUUUCCUUUGGGGUUGGAGUUGCUGGAUUGUGUUUUCCGCGAGUUUCCUGCGCCUGGGAUGGGAU